GAGGGCGGCCGCGCAGCGGGCUGGGCCCUGCCCUGGCCGCCGCCGCCGCCUCGGGGAGCCGCGCCGCUAGGCUCGUAGGAGAGGGGUGCGGGAUGGUGGUCCGGCGGCGGUGAGGUGGGCGCCGCGGGGCCCUGGCUGUGGGGCGGCGAUGGCGGCACUGCUGCGGGCCGCCCUGCUGGGCGCGGCGCUGGGCUGCGCGGCCGCGGCGCUGAUCCCCGCGGCUGACGUGAAGGUGGAGGUGCUGCAGAAGCCGUUCCUCUGCCACAGGAGGACUAAGUGGGGGGACAUGAUGCUGGUUCACUACGAGGGCUACUUGGAGAGGGACGGCUCCAUGUUUCACUCCACUCACAAGCAUAACAAUGGUCAACCUAUGUGGUUUACACUUGGUAUAAGGGAAGCUAUCAAAGGCUGGGACAAAGGUUUGAAGGACAUGUGUGUGGGAGAGAAGCGGAAGCUAACUAUUCCUCCAGCCCUUGCUUAUGGAAAAGAAGGGAAAGGAAAAAUUCCACCUGAGAGCACACUGAUUUUCAACAUUGACCUUCUAGAAAUUAGGAAUGGACCAAGGUCUCAUGAGUCAUUCCAAGAGAUGGAUCUUAAUGAUGACUGGAAACUGUCCAAGCAAGAGGUGAAAAUUUACUUGAAGAAAGAAUUUGAAAAGCAUGGAGCAGUGGUAAAUGACACCCAGCAUGAUGCUUUGGUUGAAGAUAUAUUUGAUAAAGAGGAUGAAGACAGUGAUGGGUUUAUAUCUGCAAGGGAAUUUACAUACAAGCAUGAUGAGCUGUAGAAAAGGGUGGUGUAAUUUUUUUUGACACAAAUGGCAAUGAGUUAGACUGUCUGGUUCUCUUGUUCUCUUAAUUCUGUGUUUUGGAGUUGACACCUGGUGUUGGCAAUGAAAUGCUCUUUGUUUAUAUAAAAGAUAAUUUCUGUUCAUUAUGUAAAAAUGUUUUAAACAAUUUUAAACAAUUUUGAAGUAUGAAAAUGUACCUCCUUUUAUGCAGCGAAGACUUGCACAUGAGUGUUUUUUAAAUUUUGUAUUAACUUAUUUUUCCAGAAGUGAAACAAACUUUCCAGUUAUCAAACAUUGUGAAAAUUAUAAUCCAGUUUAGUGCCAUUCUGGGACUUGUUUGUGUUAAGAUCCCUUUCAGUGACUCCUUUGUGUAUAACUUCUAGUCUGUGUUUUAAUUGCUUGACCUUCCUUCUUGUGUGUCACUGCGUAAAAAGCAGUGUGCUGACCUUGCUUUUUUUCCGCAGAUUUUUAAAAGAUGUACUAGAAGGCAUCAGCAUCUCUUUAUACAGCUGAGAAACUGAUACAAAGCUGAAUGAGAAUAAUGACUAUCCUGUGCUGAUUUUGCACUUCUAAAGGGAGAGUAUUACCAACCAUGCCAAUAACUGUCUGCAUUUUUCUUUAAAUUAUGUCAACAAAGUAGGAGUUAAAUGUCAGACUUUCACUUUUAAUGUCAGCAGCAUUCUAGGCAAUGUCUGUAAUGUGGAAAAUAGCAAGUUAUGCUGCAGUGCAGAGGUGGUGUCCUUUACAUAUACAUAAUUUGUUUUGAAACUCAGAGUUUGCAUUUAUGAAGAAAAAUCAUACCUUUCUCCUCUCAAGUUUUGAGGGACAUCUUGAGCAAAAUGUUACAAGUCUGAAGUUUUUCCCAUUUGCAGAAGGGGAAGAGCAUUCUGACAGGAGGAUCAGUAUGGCCUGAACAACAAUAUGCAUUGGCUUGCCUGCUUUGAAACUGCCUGAGUUGCAGAACUUGUUUCGUCAUUGCCCCUUUAGAGUAUUUUCACAAGUAGCACACAAGUGAUGUAAAUCUUAAAUAAUAAAGUGACUUUUUAGAAAAAUA